UACAGCAUUGGCCAUUGGUCACGCGCACCACACAGGAUCACGUGCUCUCACAAGAUCUCGAGACUAUCGUCAACGUGAUCUCUCUCGAACCAUCCUGACCCUUCGUCGCUUCUUCAUUCACAAACCCUUUCGAACUCUCUGGAAUCCCUAACUUUCUCCAUACUUUCACUUACCCGCUUCUUCAUAUAAAAUCCAUUCGAACUUAAUUCUACUUGUUGAUCUGAACCCAACUAUUUAUCUCUUCAAUUUGCUUGUUUUAGAAGGAAAAAUUUGUGCUUGAUCUUUUUUGAGUGAAAAUGGAUGAGGACUUUGAUAUUCCGGUAGCUGAUGAGAUGAAUGAUGAAUUUAUGGAUGAUAUUGAAGCUCCGGUGACGUUGAAAGUCGGAGAGGAGAAGGAAAUCGGUAAUCAAGGUUUGAAGAAGAAGCUGCUCAAGGAAGGUGAAGGUUGGGACACACCUGAAAGUGGGGAUGAAGUUGAAGUUCAUUAUACUGGAACGUUGCUCGACGGGACUCAGUUUGAUUCAAGUCGUGAUAGGGGAACGCCAUUCAAGUUCACUCUUGGUCAAGGGCAAGUGAUCAAGGGAUGGGAUCUGGGUAUCAAGACCAUGAAGAAGGGUGAAAAUGCACUUUUCACAAUACCUGCUGAUCUGGCUUAUGGUGAAGCUGGUUCUCCUCCAACAAUCCCUCCCAGUGCUACUCUACAGUUUGAUGUACAACUGCUCUCAUGGGUUAGUGUAAAGGAUAUUUGCAAGGAUGGUGGGAUUUUCAAAAAGAUUGUAAAGGAAGGAGAGAAGUGGGAGAACCCCAAGGACCUCGAUGAAGUUUUAGUCAAUUACGAAGUCCAACUCGAGGAUGGGACUGUAGUUGCAAAAUCAGAUGGAGUGGAGUUCAAAGUAGAAGAUGGCCAUUUCUGCCCUGCUCUGGCUAAGGCUGUAAAAACAAUGAAGAAAGGGGAAAAAGUCAUACUUACAGUCAAACCAGAAUAUGGAUUUGGAGAAAAAGGGAAACCUGAAGGCUCCAUUCCUGCAAAUGCUACACUACAAAUCACACUAGAACUUCUGUCAUGGAAGGUGGUCACAAAUGUUACAGAUGACAAGAAAGUCAUCAAGAAAAUCUUGAAAGAAGGAGAGGGGUAUGAACGCCCGAAUGAAGGAGCUGUUGUUCAGGUGAAGCUGAUUGGUAAGCUACAAGAUGGUACAUUGUUCAUCAAGAAAGGUCAUGAUGAUUCUGAGCCUUUUGAGUUCAAGGCAGAUGAAGAGCAAGUGAUUGAUGGACUUGAUAAAGCUGUGAUGACAAUGAAGAAAGGAGAAGUAGCUCUUCUGACAAUUGCUCCAGAAUAUGCUUUUGGGUCUACUGAUUCAAAGCAAGAAUUAGCAGUGGUUCCCCCUAAUUCCACUGUCACAUAUGAAAUUGAGCUUGUUUCUUUUGUUAAGGACAAAGAAUCAUGGGACAUGACCACGACUCAAGAGAAGAUUGAGGCUGCUGGGAAAAAGAAGGAAGAAGGAAAUGCGUUCUUUAAAGCUGGUAAAUAUUUGAAAGCAGUAAAACGAUAUGAAAAGGCUGCUAAGUUUAUCGAGUAUGAUACUAAUUUUGAAGAAGAUGAGAAGAAACAAGCAAAAGCAUUGAAGAUUACUUGCAAUCUUAAUAAUGCAGCAUGCCAGUUGAAACUCAAGGAUUACAAACAGGCUGAAAAGCUUUGCACUAAGGUUUUGGAACUUGAAAGUACAAAUGUAAAGGCUUUGUACAGAAGGGCUCAAGCUUACAUCAAUGUAGCUGAUCUGGAUCUUGCAGAGAUUGAUGUAAAAAAAGCCCUUGAAAUCGACCCUAAUAACAAGGAUGUGAAACAUGAAUAUAAAUUGCUCAAGGAGAAGAUAAAGGAAUACAAUAAGAAGGAUGCUAAAUUUUAUGGAAAUAUGUUUGCCAAGAUGACAAAACCCUCUUCCAAUAAGGCAGCAGGGACAAAGGAGGCAGAAGAACCAAUGAGCGUAGACAGCAAGGCUUAAUCAUUUAAAAGAUAAAAGAUAAAAGAUGUGUUUAAUGUAAUGUUGUGCCAUAAUAGAGGGGUUUUCUGGUAUUUUUUUUCUUAAUUUUCUAGUGCUCUUAUUUGGUUUUAAUUCUUCAGAUAGUGUGUGUUUGUCUGGAAAAAAAAAGGUAAAAGUUAGUGUGACGACAGUUGAGUUUUAUUUACUUUCUUUUUAUCUUCACAUUUAUGUAGACAAACUGUAUUGGCAUAACAUAAUCUAUUAAAACUUUUAACUU